UACGCGUGCCCGACGUAUCCGUCGCACGGUAUCCCUUUCGCGGCGAAGCGGAAUUCGGGCCCGCGCGCGUCUCGUCUCGUCUCGUCUCCCCCCCGGCGGUCGUCGCGGCGUCGUCGCGUAAAUCCUCCUCCCUCGCCCAUGACGUCACUCGCGAAUUACACAAGCGUCAUCGCUCAGUCUGUUGUGGAAAAUUUCGCGGGGUUCAUGGUGGCAGCGACGAGGUGCGUCGUCCCUUCGAGACCGGCCUCUCGUCUGUAACGCGGCGGCGACGGCGACAACGACGACGAGGCGUAUUGUGACCAAAAGUGAGCGUUCCUCUCUCCCCUUUUUCUCUGUCUCUCUCUCGCGCUCUCUCUUCCUCUCUCUCUCUCCCAGCAUCAUCGUCCACCGAUCAUUGUCACGAUCAUCAAUCCGUCGUUCAUUCCAGCUACGUGCGAAGCUACGAAGCAAGAGAGAGAGAGAGAGACGGAGAGACAGAGAAAUCUCCUGGCCGAGCCUGUCACGCGUCGUGUUGUUUAUUGUCAUGUCGUCCGCCUCGGACGACAUCGGCGGCGUCGUCGCCGAGGCUCGUCGGCACUUUGACGCGGCGCGACGACAUGUCGCCUCGCGUGACACUUCGCACCUGCCUCUGCGUCGCGCUCUCGCGUGACUCCUUAAUCAGGAAUCUCCUCUCAAUCCGGUUAUUCGCGGUGCAUUCGUAUAUGUCAUCUCCAUGAACUGCUUCUCAGCCAAGACGUUGUUUCAUCCACAAUUACGUUGGCAAGAGAAAAAAUUUUUUUUGUUACUCGAGAUCAUUUUCUUUGCGUAAUAAAAUGACAUAAUAUUAUGUAAGUUGGUGAAUAUUUUACGCACAAAAAAGUUCUGAAUUAUUCCAUUUUGUGAAAUUAACGUUUUUUAUAUCGAGUUGUGUGUUGAGCGAUAUAUCUGGAGACAGUUUUCCUGUGAAAGAUGUCAAAUUGGUUGUGACACGUUUGUGAUAUUUCAUUGUAGUAUUUUACGUUACAUGUGUGCUCGCUUAAUGUUAAGUGUGUUUUUCUCUCACGUUGCAGUCAAAGUUCACCAGAGACUCUCCCUACGUCGUCACGAUGUCUAUGCAACAGUUCUGUUUGCGAUGGAACAAUCAUCAACCAAACUUCAUCUCGGUGUUUUCCAACUUGCUGAACAAUGAGACUCUAGUGGACGUCACUCUCGCUGCCGAAGGCAGGCAGAUACAGGCUCACAAAGUCGUCCUGUCAGCAUGCAGCACGUACUUUCAGUCGCUGUUCACGGUGAAUCCAUGUCAGCACCCUAUUGUCAUACUCAAGGACAUCAAGUUUUCCGACCUCAAGAUUAUGGUGGACUUUAUGUAUUAUGGAGAAGUGAACAUAUCUCAAGACCAAUUGCCAUCCAUCAUAAAGACGGCGGAGAGCUUGAAGAUAAAGGGACUCGCGGAAAUGCACACGGCGUCAUUAACUAAAUGGCCAAGUGGAAGCAGUGAAACAGGCGGAGGGGAUCGCGGCGAAUCCUGCUCGCCAAGCCCGUCUCCGUUGUCUCCCUCUUUUCGCCGAAAAAGGUUAAGGAAGUCUUCUACUGGCUCGACGUCCGGCUCCGGUGACAAGCCAGAGGAAAUGAAUGAAAUCACAUUAGUGGCUACUAACAUCGUCAAACCUGAACCCCUCAUUGCGUCGCAAGAGAGCGGGGAGAAUUUGAGGCGACCAGUAAACACCAGCACAGAAUCUCAAGGCAGUAUUGAUGAAGAUCAGAUAUCGAUUAUGAGUAAUAUGGAAACUAGUUCUGCUAAUACGCCAGCCCAAAGUGACGGUUCUAUUCAAGAUGUAAGUCAACAGUCGGCAGGAAACAUUGGACAAAGUUCUGUUUCUUCGCAACCACCUGUUCAUCAAGUUCUUCAUUGCAAGCAGACGCAAGUAACGAAAAGGACUCGGCUGUUGAUCAGGCAGCCGCGUGUGAAGAAGGAGCCGAGCCACCUGUCGCCGGACGGCGAAACGGGCUCCUUCUCGCCGCACAUUGUCUCGACCUCGAUUCAUCACGCCGCGCCGACGUUGAAUCUUCCCCAGACGUCGAGGAGCUUCGAGGAGUCCCGUAUAUCGCCACCGCCGCACACCAUGCUGGUGAGCCAGCCGAAUCUGCUGACGGUGACGACGUCGCCCAACCUGCUGACGGUGCCGCAGCAGCCCUAUCUGACGAAGCAGCAUUCGCAUCCGCUGCUGUCCAGCCAGCAGCCGAGCACGUCCGGGACGUACUGGCGGCAGCACUCGCAGCCGGAGCUGCCCGGCAGGACCACCAGCCCCUCGAUCGUGAUCGAGCCGGCGCCCGUCCUCAAGACGGAGGAAGAGGGAUGCGAGGAAGCCCCGACCCCGGCCACGUCGGCUAUCGUCUCCGAGCUGGGUACCAGCGGCGGUAGCGGCAUUUCCGGCGGAUUGAGAGUGAAGACGACGGAGCUGCGACGAACUUCCUCGUCGCCACAGACGAGCAGUAGCAGAGAGCCUCGCGAAAGCAUGGGGGAUCAGCGAUUAGGUCACUGUCCGGUGUUGCGUCAGGGUCCAGCCUUAGGUUGCAAUCAUUGCUGGAACACGAUAGACGCCCACGGCAGAAUACUCCGUAGGAAGACCAAGUAUCAUUGUCCCGAAUGCCAGAUCAAUUUGUGCAUCGUGCCGUGCUUUCAGGAGUAUCACGAGCAGCGGCGCGAGCUGAUCACCAAAUUGAAACCCUUACCAAAAACUAGUUCCGUUUAAAUCUCCUCCCCCUCCCUCCCCUCCCCGAUUUCAUUAUGUACUUUGUUUUCAAAGUAAUCGUUACUUAUUGGAUUACCUGUUGAAGCACACGCUUUAAUUGUGUGGAAAUUCAACGUGACGACGACGGAAUCGUCCGUCGUUGGCGUGUGACAUUAUUUUUCUCUUGUACGACGAUGUGAGUUAUCAGAUUGAUAUCGUUUACCAAGACAUCAUGACUUGAUAUAUUUUCGUAAUACAUUUUACAGCAUCUGACAUAUAAUUGUCGAAGUAGGCGAAAUCAUCGCAAUCUCGCAAUUUGACGAUACAAAUAUUUAUAAUUGUGUGCAUUGUGAGUUUUCCCGUUCUCUGUUAGUGCUUCAGUAAUUUUUGUGACCUAGUCACAUUUUUUUAGUUAAGUUUAAUCUCAUCAAGAAACCUUUCGCUUUUAUCAAAAGCAAAGACUCUACUUUGUGAAAUUAGUAUAAAAUAUUAUUACAAAAAAGUUUACUUUAACGUAGAUAUGAAAAAAUUAAUAUAUAUUUUUUUUUUCAUGCUGUUUUAUAAAAUUCAUGACAAAAGUGAUGUAUCGAGAUUGGAUGCAAGAUUAUUACUUUGGAAAAUAUGUAGAUAAUUAUUGCAAAGCGCAGCAUUUUAUUAUUAUUUAUAUAUUUCAGAGCAUAUUAAGAAUACAAACGUUCGUUUAUAGAAAGGACUUAUCAAUUUAGAUAAUAUCACGAAAGUAAGUGUGAUAUAUAUAGGAAUAUUUAAAAUUAUUUUUAAGAUAAUUCAGGUUAUUUUCAUACGAAUAUAUAUAUAAAAUUUGAUUAUUUGUGCGUAUUAAAAUCGCACAUAUCGUACGUAUAAAAAUCGCAAUCCAUCUAAACUCUGUGACAUUAUAUAAUUUGACACUAUCUAGAUUAAUAAGUUUUAUCUUUUUAUACAGGACGUUUUGCAU